CACGAGACGGACAGCUGCAAUAAAACCUGACAUGAAGCCUGCACACGGCGACAGACCAACGGAUACGUUGAAGAUGUACCUGUGUGGCUGUCUGCUCUUUAUCUGUCUGCUGGUCAUCACUGUCAACCAACACUACGCAGAGGAGAACACACACCAGCAGCAUGCAGACGGGUCCAGGGCAGGCGGGUCAAAGCUGGGCGUGAAGCUGGAGAACGAAGCCAUGAAGCCAAAGUGGAGGAGUUUUCCUGUCAGUGUCUCUCCUUUGGAGCGUCGGUCCGUCGGCGUUGCAGCCAGCAAACAAGCAUCGAGCAGCACUAGACAAGUCAUUGAGUUGCCACGGCGACGGCUGCGUCUCCCUCCCAUGGACAGGAUCGGAAUGCGACACCUGCCAAACAGGAGAGGAUAGGCUACAUAUAUAACAUAAUGUAAUGUAAUAAUAUAUAU